AUGGCUGCCCCUCAAGUUCACCAUCUAUUCCAUGCUCCGAUUGCAGACCACUCAUUCUCUUCGGAUAAACAGACACUGGCUGUCGCCCGUGAAAACAAUGUUGAGCUGUACCAAGCAUCAGGCAACAAGUUCUCCCUCAGCGAUGAAUUGAAGGGCCACGAGAAGACAGUGACUAGUGUCGACAUUGCUCCUAACAGUGGUCGCAUUGUGACAUGCUCUCAGGACCGCAACGCCUAUGUUUGGGAAAAGACCCCCUCUGGCUGGAAGCCUACCCUAGUCCUUCUCCGUAUCAACCGUGCAGCGACUUUCGUCCGAUGGUCCCCCUCCGAGCAGAAAUUCGCCGUCGGAUCUGGCGCUCGCGUCAUCGCUGUUUGUUACUUUGAAGAGGAGAAUGACUGGUGGAUCUCAAAGCACUUGAAGAAGCCCAUUCGAAGCACAAUUACCACACUUGCAUGGCACCCGAACUCAGUGCUGCUUGCUGCGGGUUCGACUGACUCGCAUGCUCGGGUCUUCUCCAGCUUUAUUAAGGGCAUUGACGAGCGCCCUGAACCCAGCGCUUGGGGUGAGCGUCUGCCUUUCAACACAAUCUGUGGCGAAUUCUUGAACGACUCCGCUGGCUGGAUCCAGGGUGUCGCCUUUUCCCCAUCUGGUAAUGCUCUCGCUUUUACUGGUCACGACAGCAGCGUUACGGUCGUAUACCCCAGCGCACCAGAGCAGCCGCCCCGGGCAAUGCUGAAUAUCUCUACCCGUCUCCUUCCGCUCAACAGCCUGAUCUGGAACGGUGAGACUGAAAUUAUUGCCGCCGGUCAUGAUUGCGAACCAUUCCGCUUCCAGGGUGACGAGAAUGGAUGGCAACUGGCUGGCUCCCUCGAAAAUCAGAAUGCCGGUGCUGCUGGGCCUCAGGAAGAAUCUGCGCUGAACAUGUUCCGGCAAAUGGAUCUGAAGGGACAGACCCAGGCUGAUACCAAGCUUAAAUCCACACACCAGAACACGGUCAACACCGUUCGCGCUUAUGAAGAGGCUAACGGCCAAGUGAGCUCCUUCAGCACGAGUGGUGUUGAUGGUCGUGUUGUGAUCUGGUCAACCUAG